AUGACCGUACUACCACCAGGAUACCAAAUUAGAAGGACGGAGCCCGGAGACUACCUCGGUGUUAUUGAAACCUUAAAGGUCCUUACUACUGUAGGGAACGUCUCUGAGGAAGACUUUGUUAAUACGCUUGCAUACUGGAAUUCAGUCAAGAUACGUUUACCUGUGCGUAAAGGCCAGGAAGGAGGAGGGAAAGAAAUUAACGUUUAUAACCCGCUUGUUAUUACAGAUCCUACGGGACGUGUAGUUGCAACGGGUAAUAUUAUCAUUGAAGCAAAACUUAUUCAUGAAUGUGGCCUAGUCGGUCAUAUUGAAGACAUUGCAGUAGCCGCGGAUCAGCAGGGCAAAAAACUCGGUCAAUUGCUGAUCCUGCACCUGACUGAGAUUGGCAGGCGUGCUGGGUGUUACAAGAUCAUACUGGAUUGCGACCCUAAAAAUGGGGAGUUUUAUAAAAAGUGUGGAUAUAGCCAGGCAGCUGUUGAGAUGCAAAUCAGAUUUUAG